UUGAAGAUCAUUCUGCUUGUGCCACCAGCACCACCUUCUGCCAUCAAAAUGUUUCCCUAGAGACCUUGUUCUGUACUCUUUAAGUUGGCAGUCUUAAAUCUGCAUUAAACAUCCUUGGACCAACCGACCAAGUCUAAGUUUUUAAGGAUCAGAUGGUUUUUCAAAUGAAGGCUGUACUACUGGUGCAUAUGCUAUGAACCACUCCAUCACAGGGUUGACUAGUUUGAGGUUUUUGAGCACUUGUAUAUGCACAACUAAUUAAAGCCUCGGGUAAAUUUGAUCUAUCCGCUAAUGUUUUGACCUAUCAUUAUAUCUUAUUCGCACUAGAGAAGACUAUAGCCUGCCUGUUGUACUACAAUUUUUUCGUUGUUUGUGAUCAGAGCAAUCUAGCUCAGACCUCCUCAGUCUCAGAGUAUGACUUGGGAGAAGAAGGAGAUCUAUUUAAAGCUCCCGAACUUAUCGUUGAAGAACCAGAAAUGGCCCUGCAUCCGAUGACAGCCAUUUCCAUGAUUUCUUGCGGGGAAGAGGUCAUGUCCACUCAAACAAUAAAGAUGUCAGACCUUGAAUCUUUUCAAACUGAGCAACUGCUCAACGAGGUCUUUUAUGAAUGUGAAAAAGAUCUAUUGGAAAAGUCUGCGAUGGAAGAGCAGUUUUCUGAUAUCAUGGAUGUCAAGAUUCCUGUUGUUUCAAUGGAUGAGGGUCAAACUGCAGAGAAUGAUCGGUCGAUCUUGGAUGGGUCAAUUCAAAAAAGUGUUAGUUCUGGAUGCUUGAGCUCAAUGGAGUGGAUACAUGAAGGUCCAACAAGACCAAACUUUUUGGACUUCCAGUUGGUGGAUUUUGGAGAUGCUUAUGGGAUGCGAAGGGCCUUCAGUGAGGGAGACAUACAGCAAACCAAGGCAAAACAAAGAAUGAUUUCCAGUGCCCAGACUCUCCAUAAUUGCAAUAGCACCAAUCUUACGUUUUCUUCAUUUGAGCGACCAUUGACCAUUGGCAAUUACACAAUUGAAGAACGCAAGCAAAAGCUUUCUAGAUACAGGAAGAAGAGGAACAAGAGGAACUUCGGACGGAAAAUCAAGUAUGCAUGUAGGAAAGCAUUGGCCGACAGUCAACCAAGGGUUCGAGGAAGAUUUGCAAAAACUGAAGAUCUUCUUCAGCCUUCCAUGAAGUGAGUAUGGGAGUAAGAAAACCUAAAAUGAUGGUCUGCAAACUAGUAUUCAUGUCUUCUUAAUUAUAAUAAUAAUCUUUAUUAUUAGUAGUAGUAGGUCAGCAGUGUAGACUGUAGAGUGUGAGUGUGUAUAUGUAUAUAUAGAGAGAUAGAUAUAUAGCUAUUGAAUAAAGAGGAACUGGAAAUCCCUUUUUGUGCCUAUUCAUGUAGGUAAUGGGCAAGGCCUAGCAUGUAAUGUAAAACACUACUUUGGGGUUAAUCUGAGUGUAAAUGUUGCAAGGCAGUGGCUGGUGAAAGGUGACUUUUUCUUCUUUUCCUGA